GACCUUCCGCGGUUAUCCAGCGGGUCACGUAACAAGACUACAAUUCCCAUGAGGCUCAGCAAGGGCGAUUUAGGGUCCAGGGAAGCAAUGAGACGUGUUCUUUGUUUUCCUAUGGGUGAGGAAUGGUUGUAUGAGCAGUUGGGUUUCGGGACGCUUUUUGGGGAGAACCCGAGGGAGUCUGAAGGAUCUCUAAAUCACGCGGAACCCACGGUGCGGCGAGUUGGGACGGAAGUAACCGGUGGGCGUGGGGAGGAGCCGGAAGUUAAGGCGGGGAGGGGGUGGAGGGAAAAGCAAGCCAGGAGGUGCUUGCGGCCGCUUCUAGUAGUUUCCAGGCGCUGCCGGGCGGCUGGCACUAAGCGGUCCUGAGGCUGUGGCUACGGCUGCUCCGGAGCUGGUGGCGCCGCGAUAGGAGAGCCGAUGGCCAAGUGGGGUGAGGGAGACCCACGCUGGAUCGUGGAGGAGCGGGCGGACGCCACCAACGUCAACAACUGGCACUGGACGGAGAGAGAUGCUUCAAAUUGGUCCACGGAUAAGCUGAAAACACUGUUCCUGGCAGUGCAGGUUCAAAAUGAAGAAGGCAAGUGUGAGGUGACGGAAGUGAGUAAGCUUGAUGGAGAGGCAUCCAUUAACAAUCGCAAAGGGAAACUCAUCUUCUUUUAUGAAUGGAGCGUCAAACUAAACUGGACAGGUACUUCUAAGUCAGGAGUACAGUACAAAGGACAUGUGGAGAUCCCCAAUUUGUCUGAUGAAAACAGCGUGGAUGAAGUGGAGAUUAGUGUGAGCCUUGCCAAAGAUGAGCCUGACACAAAUCUCGUGGCCUUAAUGAAGGAAGAAGGGGUGAAACUUCUAAGAGAAGCAAUGGGAAUUUACAUCAGCACCCUCAAAACAGAGUUCACCCAGGGCAUGAUCUUACCUACAAUGAAUGGAGAGUCAGUAGACCCAGUGGGGCAGCCAGCACUGAAAACUGAGGAGCGCAAGGCUAAGCCUGCUCCUUCAAAAACCCAGGCCAGACCUGUUGGAGUCAAAAUCCCCACUUGUAAGAUCACUCUUAAGGAAACCUUCCUGACGUCACCAGAGGAGCUCUAUAGAGUGUUUACCACCCAAGAGCUGGUGCAGGCCUUUACCCAUGCUCCUGCAACAUUAGAAGCAGACAGAGGUGGAAAGUUCCACAUGGUAGAUGGCAAUGUCUCUGGGGAAUUUACUGAUCUGGUCCCUGAGAAACAUAUUGUGAUGAAGUGGAGGUUUAAAUCUUGGCCAGAGGGGCACUUUGCCACCAUCACCUUGACCUUCAUCGACAAGAACGGAGAGACUGAGCUGUGCAUGGAAGGUCGAGGCAUCCCUGCUCCUGAGGAAGAGCGGACGCGACAGGGCUGGCAGCGGUACUACUUUGAGGGCAUUAAACAGACCUUUGGCUAUGGCGCACGCUUAUUUUAGGGCCAGCGGCAGGGGACUCCGGCCUGCUGGACACUUCAGUCCAGCUCUCUCCUGACUGGGGCUUGCGACUCACAGGAUUGCAUCGUCCCAGCUGCUAACUUGGGGCCGGGGCCCCUCCCCUCCACAUAUACCUUGGGUUUGUGCAUGUUUUCUGCUGGGUGGGUUCAGAGGGCAAUUUCUCUUUUAUGUGUACAUAUGCUAAAUAAACAUAAUUUAAAAAACA